GCUGCUUCUUUCUUCAUAUGUUUACACAUAAAUAGAGUUCCAGCAGACGUGCUGAGCAGGUUCACGUUGCUUUGAUUUUAAACAGCUAUAAUGCAUAUUUGAACACAUGCAUGAUGUGUGGCACAGUCAGGAAGUGGUGAUGAAACAACAAAGGCUGAAAAGCAGAAGUGCGUCUGGCACAGCGCAGACAGUCAGACACACUGAAACUUGACUGGCAAGAGUGACAUCAUGACCAACAACAUGACAGACAGCUGCACUGAAGACUUCAAACAUGUGGACGAAGUGAUGAAAGUUUUGGAGCUGGUCUUCUAUAUUCCUAUAUUUGUCGUCGGUCUGAUUCUCAAUAUUGCAGCGCUGGUGGUGUUCUGCGGCCUUCUGCGAAAAAAGACUGAAUCUACUAUCUACAUGAUAAAUUUGGCUUUGAUGGACUUGAUUCUCCUGUUGCCGCUUCCCUUCAAAAUGCAUGCCACUAAUCACGAGUGGCCCGCCAGCUUAAACAGACUGUGUUCACUUUUGGAAGGGCUUUAUUUUUAUGGGAUAUAUGGAAGCAUAUACAUCAUUAUGUGUAUAGCUGUAGAUAGAUGGGUGGCUAUCUGUCACCCAUUUAGAGCCAAGCAGUUGCGUUCACCCAAUGUAGCUACGGCAACUUGUGUGGUCGUGUGGAUUCUUAUGUCUGCAUCAGUCAUUCCAGUCAUCUGGAACUUCGGGGAUAGCAGGAACGGCACAUUUCAUUGUUUCCAUCGGUUUUCACCGGAAGGCUGGAAACCUCCGAUCAUCAUCAGUGUGCAGGUGUUUGGGUUCGUUUUGCCUGCACUGGUGGUGGUUUUGUGUUCAGUUCAGAUCAUCUGGACACUUCAGCAGUCUGGCCAGCACAGCCCACAGAGCCGGGCCUGUGUGAAGAUCAUCUACAGCAGCCUGUGCGCGUUCCUGGUGCCUUUCACUCCGAGCCACCUGGCCAUCUUCCUGCAAUUUCUGGUGCAUCAAGGAGCAUUUCAGGACUGUGGCACCAAGGCCAAUCUCAGCCUGUUCAUACAGAUUGCUAUGUGCCUGUCAAACAUCACCUGCUGUCUGGACGCCAUGUGCUACUACUUUAUUGCCCAUGAAGUGAGGAACACCAGACACAGCUUCAGGAUGUCAAUAAUGAGCCAAAGAAGACCCACCAACAGCACUUCUGAACGGGAGAGAGGCGAGUCAAGUUGAGACAAAAACUGUCCCUAGAGGAUCACUGAUGUUAUGUUAAUAUAACAAAACUAAGGCUAAAGCCUUAUUUUGUAUCAGAGCAGUAAAGCUGGAGACAAGUCAAUAGGGGACCCAGUAGCUGAUAAGCAUAGUGUCACGCACUAAAAGUAAUUAACCUGCUCGUAAGGAAGCAGGUCAGAGUGUAAUCUAAAUUAACCACACAGCUGAAUGCAAGGCUGUAUGAUCUGAUCCAGCAGCAGGAAGCCAGUAGGCACCUCUCUAACCUCAAAGCGCCCUAAUGCGUUAAAUGAAGGCUGCAAAACAACCCAUGAACUAAAAAGCCACAGUCUGACAUGCUUUAAAAAAUCAUUAAAAGCAUGAAAAGGUCACUCAAACCUGCAAACCAACAAUGAGUGAAAAAGUGACAGGGACAGGCAGCAUGACUCAUUUUAAAGAACUAAAAACUGAUACUGGCGGGCAGUUCAAGAACGUCUUUGUGAUAUUAUCUAGGACUGAAAUCAAACAUGCACAAAAAAGGCUCUUAUGACUCAGAAUUCUCAUCAAAGACCAAAUCCACUAUUUUAUGGUAAAAUGGUAAAUGGCCUGUAUUUGUAUAGCGCUUUACUAGGCCCUAAGGACCCCAAAGCGCUUUACACAUCCAGUCAUCCACCCAUUCACGCACACAUUCACACACUGGUGAUGGCAAGCUACGUUGUAGCCACAGCCAAUCUAAUUAUUUUAGAUUAAUUGUUUCAGACUAAACGAAUUUAACAGAUGCAUAAUUAUUUUUUUUUAUUCAAAAAAGUUAACUAACUGUAAUAAUAAGCAUAUUUUAGUAGUGAAUCUCUAAUCUAUGAAAUGCAGAUUUACAUAAAAAGUCAACAAAACUAAUUUAGGCCAAUAUAUCUAGUAAAUUACGAUUCAAA